GGGACUGCCCCUGGCCUGGCCCCACUGUGGCAGUGCUCCCUCCCCCUCCCCCUGUCAGUGGAGGCGCCCACCUGUCCCUGAGAACUGGUACUAUGAAAGGGUAGACUCACUGGGCAGAGCCGUGCCCGGAGCCAGUAGAUUCCAGCAAGGCCCCCCCCCCCCCCCCCCGCUGAGGGAGCCACACCAGCUGCUGCCUCCUCUGAGCCCAUCCCUGCCACCCAGGCCGCCGGUGCCCACCUCGCCUUCUCCCCCACCUUCGCCUCCCCCUUCUCCCCACCCCCGCCUCGGCAUGGCCAACUAUUACGAAGUGCUGGGGGUGCAGACGAGCGCCUCCCCAGAGGACAUCAAGAAGGCCUACCGCAAGCUGGCCUUGCGCUGGCACCCGGACAAGAACCCCGACAACAAGGAGGAGGCUGAGAAGAAGUUCAAGCAGGUGUCCGAGGCCUACGAGGUGCUGUCCGACUCCAAGAAGCGCUCCGUGUACGACCGAGCGGGCUGCAACAGCUGGCGGGCCGGUGGCGGGGCCAGCACCCCCCACAGCAGCCCCUUCGACACCGGCUACACCUUCCGUAACCCCGAGGACAUCUUCCGCGAGUUUUUCGGCGGCCUGGACCCCUUCUCGUUCGACUUCUGGGACACCCCUUUCAACAGCAACCGCGCUGGCCAGGGCCAUGGCCUGAGGGGGGCCUUCUCGGCCGGCUUCGGCGAGUUCCCGGCCUUCAUGGAAGCCUUCUCGUCCUUCGACGCCCUGAGCCGGGGUGGCGGUGCCAGCCACACCACCUUCUCGUCCACCUCCUUCGGGGGCUCCGGCAGCUCAGGGUUCAAGUCGGUGAUGUCGUCCACCGAGCUGGUCAACGGACACAAGGUCACCACCAAGCGCAUCAUGGAGAACGGGCAGGAGCGCGUGGAGGUGGAGGAGGAUGGGCGGCUCAGGUCCGUGACCAUCAAUGGCAAGGAGCAGCUCAAGCAGGUGGACAAGUGACCCAGGCCGCCUGGGCCCCUGGCCUGCCACCCGCCGCCGCGCCCCAGGGCGUGAGUGCGGCUGAUGCUUAAUAAAGGUGCCAAGUGAGUUCAUGA